AGCUCGCGUGGAUAAUAGAGAGCGGGGGUGAAACGCGAAACGGACAGGAGCAGCGCUCGGAGGCCAUUGCCUGACGUGGAAGGUGUCAGGACGGAGAAACGAGCUCCCGAGCAAAGAAAGCGGCGAAGGUUCGGGCUGUCGCCUCUCGGAACGCGGCACAAUGAGCGUGGACAAAGCAAAUCUGUGUGACUCGCUCUUAACCUGGCUGCAGACAUUUCAGGUCCCAUCAUGUGACAGCAAGCGCGAUCUAACAAGUGGAGUGGCCAUUGCUCACGUACUCCACAGAAUAGACCCCUCCUGGUUUAAUGAGACGUGGCUCGGCAGGAUCAAGGAGGAGAGUGAGGCCAACUGGCGCCUUAAGGUCAGCAACUUGAAAAAGGUUCUGCAGAGCAUGCUGGAGUAUUACCAUGAUGUGCUGGGUCAGCAGGUGUCCGAUGAGCAUUUACCAGAUGUGAACCUCAUAGGCGAGAUGGGCGAUGGGACUGAGCUGGGCAAGCUGCUACAGCUUGUUUUGGGUUGUGCUGUCAGUUGUGAAAAGAAACAAGAGCAAAUCCAGCAGAUUAUGACACUUGAGGAAUCUGUCCAGCAUGUUGUGAUGACAGCCAUUCAGGAGCUUUUAACAAAGGAACCUUCAUUGGAACCAGGAAGUCCAGAGAGUUAUGGGGACUUUGACUACCAGUCCAGGAAGUAUUAUUUUCUGAGCGAGGAAGCAGGAGAGAAGGAGGACCUAACCCAGCACUGUAGAGAUCUCGAACAUCAGCUGUCGCUGGGCGUGGAGGAGAGGCUUUCCCUGCAGACGGAGAUCCGCUCCCUGAGAGAGAGGCUCAGCCGCAGUGACUCUCUGGACGCCUCAACCACCGCCAUCACCGGCAAGAAGCUGCUGCUGCUGCAGAGUCAGAUGGAGCAGCUGCAGGAGGAAAAUUACCGGCUGGAGAACAGCAGAGAUGACUUGAGCGUACGUGCUGAGACGCUGGAGCGGGAGGUGGCCGACCUGCUGCAGAGGAACGAAGAGCUGACUAGUCUGGCGCAUGAAGCCCAGGCGCUCAAGGAUGAGAUGGACAUCCUGAGACACUCCUCUGACAGGGUGAACCAGCUCGAAGCACUGGUGGACACUUACAAGAGGAAGCUGGAGGAUCUGGGAGAUCUGCGCCGACAGGUGCGCCUCUUGGAGGAGCGCAACACCGUGUACAUGCAGCGCACCUGCGAGCUGGAGGAGGAGCUGCGGCGGGCCAACGCCGUCCGCAGUCAGCUGGACACCUACAAGAGACAGGCUCAUGAGCUUCACACCAAGCACACAGCAGAGGCCAUGAAGGCCGAGAAGUGGCAGUUUGAGUACAAAAAUCUUCAUGACAAGUACGACGCGCUGCUGAAGGAGAAAGAACGUCUGAUUUCAGAGAGAGACUCGCUUCGGGAAGCCAACGAUGAGCUCAGGUGUGCACAGGUCCAACAGGAGUACCUGAGAGGAACAGGAGACUUGUCCGACGGUGACGUCACGGUGGGAAACCUUGCUGCGGAGAUUCUGCCUACCGAGCUAAAGGAAACGGUUGUACGUCUGCAGAGUGAAAACAAGAUGCUGUGUGCUCAGGAGGAGACCUACAUGCAGAAGCUUGUCAAGGUCCAAGCUGAGCUGGAAGAGGCCCAGCGCAGCAAGAAUACCCUGGAAACUCAGAACAGGUUGAACCUGCAGCAGAUCUCGGAGCUGCGAUCCCAGGUGGAAGAGCUCCAGAAAGCGCUCCAGCAGCAGGACAGCAAGAACGAGGAUGCCAUCUCGUCCUUAUUGAAGAAAAAGCUGGAGGAGCAUUUGGAGAAGCUAAGUGAAGCUCACACAGACCUCCGAAAGAAGCGAGAGGUCAUAGAUGACCUGGAGCCCAAAGCGGACAGCAACAUGGCCAAGAAGAUAGACGAACUCCAGGAGAUCCUUCGGAAGAAAGACGAGGACAUGAAACAGAUGGAGCAGCGAUACAAACGCUAUAUGGAGAAAGCCAGAACGGUGAUCAAAACUCUGGAUCCCAAGCAGCCAGCUCCGCCUCCUGACAUUCAGUCUUUGAAAAAUCAGCUGACAGAGAAGGAAAGAAAAAUCCAGCAUCUGGAGCAUGACUAUGAAAAGAGCAAAGCCAGACACAGCCAGGAGGAGAAACUGAUCAUUACUGCGUGGUACAACAUGGUUAGGCAUGUCUUUGCAUCAGCAGGUAUCAGGAGAGCGACUGGGAGCGUCCAACCAGGCCAUGUCUUUCCUGGCCCAGCAGAGGCAGUCCACCAACACCAGGAGGGGUCUGAUCCGGCACCAGCCGAGAUGAGACGGCCACGCUGGACGCUGCUCUGAUACGAUGCGAGGCGGAAAGAUGAGACGGUCUCUGAACUCUCCGCUCCGC